AUGCUGGCUGCUCGCUCCUUCGCUGCGCCUGCGCGCCAAUGCCUGCGCCAGGCCAGAACACCCGCAUUCGCACAGUCCGCGUUCCGCUCCUACGCCUCGGCCCCCUCCGAGGUCGCCAAGUUCCAGGGCACCAAGGGCAACGACGGCAAGUACACCGUCUCGUUCAUCGAGGGCGACGGUAUCGGCCCCGAGAUUGCGCAGUCGGUCAAGGACAUCUACUCGGCCGCCAAUGUGCCCAUCAAGUGGGAGACGGUCGACGUCACCCCCCGCCUGAACGCCGACGGCAAGACGGUCAUCCCCGACGAGGCCAUUGAGAGCAUCACCAAGAACUACGUUGCCCUCAAGGGUCCCCUCGCAACGCCCAUCGGCAAGGGCCACGUCUCGCUCAACCUGACGCUCCGCCGCACCUUCAACCUCUUCGCCAACGUCCGUCCCUGCAGGUCCAUCGAGGGCUUCAAGACCCCCUACGACAACGUCGACACCGUCUUGAUCCGCGAGAACACCGAGGGCGAGUACUCCGGCAUCGAGCACGUCGUUGUCGAUGGCGUUGUCCAGAGUAUCAAGCUCAUCACCCGUGAGGCCUCUGAGCGCGUCCUGCGCUAUGCUUUCCAGCACGCCCGCGACAUUGGCAGGAAGAAGGUCCGCGCUGUCCACAAGGCCACCAUCAUGAAGAUGUCCGACGGUCUCUUCCUGAGCACUGCCCGUGAGCUCUCCAAGGAGUAUCCCGAUAUCGAGUUCGACGCCGAGCUCCUCGACAACACCUGCCUGAAGAUGGUUACCGACCCUCUUCCCUACAACGACAAGGUCCUUGUCAUGCCCAACUUGUACGGAGACAUUCUCUCCGACAUGUGCGCCGGUCUGAUUGGUGGUCUUGGUCUUACCCCCUCCGGAAACAUUGGUGACGAGUGCUCCAUCUUCGAGGCCGUCCACGGCUCCGCCCCAGAUAUUGCUGGCAAGCAGCUCGCCAACCCCACUGCCCUCCUCCUCUCCUCCAUCAUGAUGUUGCGACACAUGGGCCUCAACGCUGAGGCCGCCAACAUUGAGCAGGCCAUCUUCAAGACCAUCGCUGCUGGCAAGUACAUCACCGGUGAUCUCGGCGGCAAGGCCAAGACCUACGAGUAUGCCGACGCUGUCAUCAAGGCGCUGAACUAG